AUGAUUCUUAGAGCUUUUGAAAUUGUUUCGGGUCUUGGCAUCAAUUAUCACAAAUGUAAAUUGAUUGGAAUUAACAUUAGUAACUCUUUUAUGGAAGCGGCGACGAAUUUUCAUUCUUGUAAAAUGGAGGAUAAUAACUUUCUUUUUCUUGGUAUUCCUAUUGGGAAAGAUCCAAAGAAGGAGGCAAUGUGGAAUCCUACUUUAGACAAAUUAAAGAAAAGAUUGGGAGGUUGGAAGAAUCAGUUUCUUUAUUUGGGAGAUUAUUAUAGGGAUCCUAUUGUUAAUUGUUUCCACUUUGAUGUUCAUAAUGGGUAUACUACACCUUUUUGGGAAUCUAUUUGGUUGGACGAGGAGUCUUUGAAGAAUGCUUUUUCGGAGUUGUUUGAAUCUUCUCGUCUUAAAGGGGUUUCGGUUGGGGCGAUGGGAGGAUGGAUUGAUGGUAUAUGGAAGUGGAGAGAUUUUGGGAUUUCCGUGAAUUUUUUGGAUGAUGCCGGAUUUAAGGGGAGGAUCGGUUUGUUAUAUGACCGGUUGUUGCUCUAUGGAGGUCCAGAGGAAGAGAAUUCGAUGGAUGUGGUCUCGUGGGAAUUUAAUAAUGACUCGGUAUUCUCGGUGGCCUCGUGCUAUAAUUUAUAUUCGAUGAAUUUUAUUCCUUUUGGUUCCGUUAUCAAGCAUGAUGAGGCGUUUCGAGUUCUCUGGAAGGCGGAAGUCCCCUUCAAAAUUAAGGCAUUUGGAUGGAGAUUAUUUCUAGAUAGACUUCCCACUAAGGAGCUUUUGGUGUAUAGAGGUAUUUCUCUUUCUCUAGAUAAUCUCAAGUGUGUUUUUUGUGGUUUUGGUAUAGAAAGUAGGAAUCACUCUUUUUUUGCGUAUAGUAUGGUGAAGCACAUUUGGUCCGAAAUUGCGCUUUGGGUGGGGAAAUGGGAUAGUUUGGAGGAGGAAUUUUUGUCAAGUUUUAUGGAUUGGCAUUACUUUUUUCGGUUACAUAAAGUGAAGAAUAGUAAGGCGGAUGUUAUUUGGCUUGCCACAUCUUAG